AUGGAAUCAGAUAAACGAAAAUGGGCGGCUUCGGGUGAAGACGAUAAAACCCCCCAGAAGAAAAGAGUUCUUGGCCCUUCGUUACCCCCGCCCGCUCAACCGUCCGCAGAAGAUAGUGAAUCGGACAGUGACGAUGAUUUCGGGCCCAGUCUACCUCCUCCAGAGGGGUCAUCUAUCGAUCCAGGUCAAAAUCUAAAGAAUCGACCAAGUCUUUCAUCGCCAAACCACGAGACCAAGCAGCCAGAUACCCAGCGAGACCAAUGGAUGCUACAUCCACCCGAGCAAAGCGAUUGGGCCACCAAGAUUGAUCCCACGCAAUUAAGAAAUCGGAAAUUUCAAACUGGCAAGUCGGCACGCACAACUACUUCUAAGCAGACCGAUUCUUCCUGGGUGGAGACUCCGGAGGAAAGAAUGCGUCGACUCGGAGACCAAGUGAUGGGUGUGGGAACUUCCUCCAAUAACUCCAAGGAACGGUCUUCUAAGUCAAAGCCCGCCAAUUCUGAACUCAUGGAAGAUAAAAUCAAGAAAUACAAUGAUCGAACUGGGAAAUCUACUCGCCUAGAAAAGCCAGAAAGUGAACAAACCGAGGCAGAGGAUGACCCAUCUGCACGGGCAUUCGAUCGUGAAAAAGAUAUGGGAAUGUCAUCGAAAAUCUCUAGUGCGCAACGCCGAGACAUGGUAAAUCGAGCUAGUGACUAUGGCUCCCGGUUCACAAAGGGUGAAUUCCUAUGA